GCUCUGUGCCCUGCAGCUCUGGUCCCUCGGAUGCCGGAGCACAGCCCGGUCCCAUGGCUCAGCAGCAGCCCCAGGAGCUGCAUUCCCCCAUGGAUGUGCUCUGCUGGGCGCUGCAGCACCCUGGUAGUGACCUGCGGGUGCUCCGGCUGCAGUGGUGCCGGCUGCCCGAGAGCUGCUGUGCGGCACUGACGGCGCUGCUGGCCCAGCACCGCAGCCUGGAGCGCCUGGAGCUGGGGGACACCGCGCUGGGGGACCGCGGCGUGCGCCUGCUGUGCCAGGGGCUGUGGCAGCCCGGCUGCUGCCUGCGUGCACUGCGUCUGCGCUAUUCCCGCCUCAGCAGCGCCUGCUGCAAGGACCUGGCCGCUGUGCUGAGCACCAGCCCCUGCCUGGAGGAGCUGGAUUUGUCCUUCAGCGAGGGGCUGCGGGACGCGGGUGCGGAGCUGCUGUGCGAGGGGCUGCGGCCCCGUUCCUGCCGCCUGCGGACGCUGCGGCUGGGGAGCUGCCGCCUGACGGGCGCCUGCUGCCGAGCGCUGCCUGCGGGGACGCCUCCCCUCACCUGCCUGGACCUGAGCGACAACGAGCUGGGAGCAGACGGGGUCCUGCAGCUCUGCCGCCAGCUCCGGAGCCCCUCCUGCCCGCUGCGGGCCCUGGGGUAAGGGGCUGGCUGUGCCCUUGCACCCCUGUGCGAGUGCCGAGG